AUGGCUCCUCGUAAGCUAAAUGUCCUGGUAUACACCGGCGCUGGCUCGACGGUAGAAUCCGUUAAGCACGCAGUUUAUUCACUUCGCCGCCUCUUGUCACCGAAUUACGCAGUCAUACCCAUCACGGACACCGUCUUGCUCAAAGAGCCAUGGGCCCCUACGUGCGCACUUUUGGUGUUUCCUGGAGGUGCUGACCUUGGAUAUUGCCGGGUGCUCAACGGCGCUGGCAAUAUUCUCAUUUCUCAAUAUGUUCGUCGGGGUGGCGCUUACCUUGGAUUCUGCGCCGGUGGGUACUAUGGGAGCACGAAAUGUGAGUUCGAGGUCGGCAACAAACCCAUGGAGGUUGUCGGCUCCAGAGAACUGGCCUUCUUUCCAGGAACCUGCCGAGGCGCUGCAUUCCAGGGGUUUCAAUACCAGAGCGAGAAAGGUGCCAGAGCAGUGAAACUCAUUGUCAAGAAGGAUGCCUUCAAGAGUGCAGGGGUAGUCCCUGAUGAAGUCACCUCUUACUACAAUGGCGGUGGUGUCUUCGUCCCAUUUGGGGAUGCCAGAGACUACGAGGUGCUCGCAAGCUAUGCUAGUCCCCCUAAUGUGGAUGGAGGGGAUGAGAACCCCGCUCUGGUCAUGUGCAAAGUGGGAAUGGGCUCUGCACUGCUUACAGGUCCUCAUCCAGAAUUUUCACCAGCGAACCUCGAACAGCACUGCGACAUCCCAGGAUAUGACGACCUCAUUGCGAGUUUACGAGCCACUGAUGAGGCUCGGACGAACUUCUUUAAGGCUUGCCUUGGGAAACUUGGACUGGACGUUAACCAGGAAACAUCUUCCGUCCCCUCUCUUUCUCGGCUGCACUUGUCCUCCCUUGGUAAUGGCGAUGUUGACGACCUGCUUCAUUCAUGGGAGGAGAUUAUUACCCGAGAGAAUGGCGAAGAAUUCAUCAAGGGUGAGAAUGACACGUUCCAUCUUGAGAAGAGAGAAACCAGAUGGGGGGUGGUCGACCUGAAGGAGUCUUUACCGUCUGAUAAAACCUCCGCUCAGCCACCGACAGAACAGGGGUUGGGAGCGUCACCGGGUUCAGGCAUUGUUGACUACAACACUGUCACGAAGCGUAUGGUCAUCCACGAUAGCUCCUGGCCAGGUACACAAGAGACGCCCUAUUUCAAUCAUCACGCCUUCUAUGGGAAUCUCAAGGCAUACAGAGACAUUGACACCGAGGCCGAGGAAUGGGGAGACUUUCUCUUGUACGGAGAGGUCGUCACCAGUACGAACACGCUGCUUGAUAAGAAUCACAAUCUUCUCUCCAAAGCACCUAGCGGCUUCACUCUGACGGCGACAACUCAGAUUGCCGGUCGUGGUCGUGGCAGCAACGUGUGGGUAUCUCCCGCUGGCAGUCUGGUUUUCUCUACCGUCAUCAAUCAUCCAGCCCAUCUCGCUCCCAGUCGCCCCAUCGUCUUCAUCCAGUAUAUAUCCGCAAUUGCUAUUGUCGAGGCCAUCAAGACGUACGAUAAGGGAUACACCGAAUUGCCUGUCAAGUUGAAGUGGCCGAAUGACAUAUACGCCGUCGACCCCAGCAAACCGGCAUCGCCACCCACCUAUGUUAAAAUAGGGGGCAUCUUGUCGAACUGUGCCUACUCCUCGGGCUCGUACCAGAUCGUUCUUGGCAUCGGGUUAAACACUACCAAUGGACGUCCCACAACCUCUCUGGACGCUCUGCUGCCAUCCCAUCUUCCCCCGUUUCGAAUUGAGAAGCUUCUAGCUCGUAUUCUCACUCGGAUAGAGGUGUUGUACAAGCAGUUCCUUCGUCAAGGCUUCUCCAAAGAAUUGGAAGAACUUUACUACUCCUAUUGGCUUCACGGACGCCAAAUUGUGACACUUGAGGCUCACGGGGGUGUCAAGGCGCGCAUCAUGGGAAUCACUACAGAUUGGGGCUUGCUAAAGGCAGAGGAGCUUGGCAGCGACGACAGACCGACCGGCAAAAUGUGGGCAUUGCAAAGCGACGAAAACAGUUUUGAUUUCUUCAGAAAUCUAGUUAAACGAAAACUUUAG